CCACCACAUAUGCAUGCACGAGGCCAUCAUUGACCGGAAAUCAGCCCAAUGGCUAUUAAUUCCACUGUGGUUUGGAUAGCCAUGGUAGUGCAAAUGUAGGAAUUGGAUAGAGUAUUCUACCAGCUCAGUUUGCUCCUUGGAAUUGAUACAAAACCAGCGAAACCACAUCUUCACCUUGUCGCCAACAGUGAAGAGCUUAAAGUCGAUAUGCCUUCGCCCCAGUCUCCUGCCGUCAAAGGCUAUCUGGUUCUAUACAAUUCCAUCAACGCCUUCCUCUGGCUCCGCAUCCUCCUCACCAUACUCACCUCCCACUCCGAUCCCGCACUAUACACCACCCUCGAGCCACAAGCCAGAUGGGUGCAGACUCUUGCUGUCGUGGAAAUCCUACACGCUGCGACUGGCAUAACCCGAUCCCCAGUCUUCACGACCUUCACCCAGAUCUUUGCUCGUAGCGUGCAAGUCUGGGCAAUCAACUAUGCCUUCCCAUCCGUGACGGCAGUGUCGCCUGCUUACCCGGCUAUGCUCUUUGCUUGGUCUACUGCUGACGCUGUGCGGUAUUCUUACUUCGCGAUCAUGCUGGCUGGGUUUCCUGUCCCGGGGGUUCUGAAGUGGUUAAGAUACUCCCUCUUCAUCAUCCUCUACCCCAUUGGAAUCGCGACGGAGUGGUGGCUCAUGUAUCGGGCUACUACGGUGACAACUAACUGGCUUGUCGCGGGUAUCUUCUACUUCUUUCUUGGAUUAUAUGCGCCAGGCUCUGUUAUGAUGUACUCGUAUAUGCUUAAACAGAGGCAGAAGACGCUUGCAAAAUAGUCACUGCAUCCCAAAGACGCUGGUGAUGGUCACCAGGAAAAGGUCAGGUAUCACCGGCCGGCCGAUCCUAGGCUCUAGAGUCACUUCCAAAACCACCAGCUAAUUUUGUAUCCCGAAAAUUGAUGGUUUAAGUUCUGUACAUAUAGAUGCGAUUGUGGAUUAACUAUGCAGUGCUGCUGGGUAAUAGAGCAUGACUUCGUAUAUCGCUCGAAAUGUGACAUAAAGCAACUUCAACCAAG